AUGCUUACUUUCGAAAAUGCUUCGAAGUUCGGAAGUCGGAACGUCGGAGGAAUCUUAGUGCCGGCGGUUUCUAAAGUGCCGGUGAACGGUGAUUCUCGGUUAGGCGGUAAAGAAGACAAAGUGAUACCACGUGUUUCAUUGCUCAUGCAGAGACGUGGUCGGCUAUUAUGGGUUUAUAAGCUUGGAAUCGGACAAGAGUCACUGUAUUACUUACUGUUAUGUCUUGUAGUCUUGGUAAAUGGCUUGCCUUGUCUCGGCCACAAGAGCAUGUUUGAUGUGAAAGCUUUUUAUGUUGGGAAGGAACUGUAAACUUUGCCAUUGCAAUCAGGUUCUCGAGCUUACAAGUUAGAAGGACUUAAAUCGAAUUCUUGGUAUGAAGUGAAGAUAUCAUACCCUGCUUCUAUACCUGUUCAAUUUUCGCUGAAACUACUAAAGAACGGUGAAAUGGAGUUGAAACUAAACCAUAUGAGGAGAUUACUAAACACUGAGAAGUUGAUCUUCAAAGCGGAAACACACCAAGAGAUUUUUCUGUUUCAGGGUGCAUUGUAUGUUUUGGUGACCGCUGAACCUGAGGGGAUCAUGGCAAUACCAAAUUCCGAAGAAAGAUCUUUCAUCAUCUACAACAUAGUUUGUGUAGAACAACUCAUGAGCAUACCUAACUCAAGCUGGUGAAUGGUUAUAUUAGUAGUUUUUUGUCUUGUGGUGGCAUUCCUAGCUCCUUGGUUUCUACCGUCUUCUCUUCUUAUAAAGAAUCAAGCUACACGUUCUUUGCAUCGCAGCCACAGAAAGGAUCCAUAUGUCUAA